AUGGCGUUAAACGAAAAACAAAUUCUAAGCUUUUUAGAUAACGGAACAGUUAAUGAUAUAGAUAUAUUAAAUAGUGAGUCAGAGAAUGAACUCGAAAAUUUAUUAAAUAAAUUUGCGAAUGAUGAUUUCUCUGCAGAACUCGAUAAUGAAAUGCUGGCUAAUACAGAAAUAGACUUACUCGAAGAAGACGACCAAACAACAAAUGCAACUCAACAGUCUGGAAAUGAAGUCUUUGAUAUAACACCAGUGCAGUUUCCAUUUGUCCAAAAAAAAAGAUAUCAAAUGGUUCAAAAUAAUGACUUUUCUUUUAAACCUACAUCACAUUUGGAAAUAAGAUCAUUUAUUGCAAUACAAAUGAUGAUGGGUGUUUUGAAGUACCCUAGGAUCGGGAUAUACUGGGAAGAAAAAUUUCGUGUGAAUUUAAUUGCUGAUACAAUGCCCAGAAAUAGAUUUUAUUCUAUUCGACAAAAUAUUCAUAUCAUUAACAACAUGGAUAUUCCUUGUAAUAAUACCGAUAAAUUUGUGAAAAUUCGUCCAUUAUUUGAUGCUUUAAAUAAUCGAUGUAGACAAUUACCAGUAGAAAGAAACCUUAGUGUUGAUGAACAAAUAGUUCCUUUUAAAGGCCAAUUGAUUGUAAAACAAUAUAUGAAAGGGAAACUGAAUCCAUGGGGCAUUAAAAUAUUUUUACUUUGUGGUCAAAGUGGCAUUGUCUAUAACAUGAUUCUUUAUCAAGGAACUUCAAUUAAUAUUAACAAGGAUCUACAAAAAAAUUUUGGUCUAGGUGGAGCAGUUGUCCUCGAUCUCACUAAACAUCUUACGCCAAAUCGACAUUUUCUUUCCUUCGAUAAUUAUUUUUCUUCGUAUAAUUUAUUUUAUGCACUCACUGCACGUCAAAUAUAUGCAGCAGGCACAAUUCGAAUAAAUCAAUUUUUUAGUCCACCAGUUUUAUCCGAUAAAGUUAUUAUGAAAAUGGGGAGAGGAACUUCUUAUGAAGUAACUUCAACAUUAGGGGUAGGACUAUUAAAAUGGUGCGAUAACAAAGCAAUAACCAUGGCAUCUAACUUCAUUACUUCAGGAAACCCGGAAACUGUUUCUCGUUGGGACAAAAAAAACAAACAAUAUAUUAACAUCGAAAGACCAGAAAUUAUCAAACUAUAUAAUAAAUCCAUGUUGGGAGUGGACAAACAUGAUCAACUAGUGAGUUAUUAUCGCGUGUACAUGAAAUCUCGAAAAUGGACGCUGCGUUUAACUCAUGCUUUUGAUAUGGCUGUGCCCCGGAAAAAAAGGGGUCGUCCAACAUCUUCACCAUCCAGUAGUACAAGAUCUGCAGAUAGUCGUUCACCAACACCUGCUAAAAUAUCGUCUAAAACAUUGGAGUUUAGACCAACGGAAGGUGUAAGCAAAGAUCUUUUUGGACAUUUUCCCAGGUAUGAUGAUAAAAAAGAAGCAACACGAUGCAAAAAUAAAAAAUGUACAGGUAAAACACACGUUGUAUGUAAUAAAUGUAAGAUUCAUUUGUGUUUUACACAAAAAAAAAAUUGUUUUUCUGAUAUACUAGAAAUGAUAAAAGAAGUUAAAUAUUACAGCAUAAAUUUGGACUGCACUCCUGAUGUUAGCUACUCUGAACAAAUGAACUUAAUAGUUCGUUUUGGGUUAAUCGAUUUGAAAAAUAAAGAAUCAAAUGUUAAAAUUCAUGAACAUUUUCUAGGGUUUAUACCAGUUGAAAGUAGUACAGGGAUGAGCAUAAGUGAUAUUCUUAUACAGCAGUUACGUGAUUUAGAUAUACCUAUAUUCCAAAUAUGUGAGGUCAAGGAUAUGAUAACGGGGCUAACAUGA